AUGUGGAACAUCUUUUGGCGACGCAAGGAUAUCGGUCCACUCUUGGAGAAAUUCAAUGAGUUAUUUCCGAGCGUUGUUAUACAGAAGAAGCUUGCUGAAGCCAAUGAUUAUAAAACUGAACUAAAGAGGGGCUCCGGUGGCUACUAUCGCUUCGCCUACUUUGAAGAAAAAUCACGCGCUAGAAUGCGAUUUAUGACUAAAUACUUUGUGUUCGCCUACUUCUACUAUAAUAUUAUACCGAUACUACAACUUAUUUAUGAAAUAUUGUCACCGAAUCAAACUGUUACCUACAAAACGCAAUCGAAUGCCUGGUUUCCGUGGCAUAAUCACAAUAAUCAUUCCACUUUUGUUGGAUUCGUUUUCAACUAUCUCGUACAAGCAUCAGCAGAAUUUGCUGGCAUCAACUUUAUAAUGUGUGGUGAAUAUCUUUUUGGUUUUUUUAAUACACAAAUGCAAUUGCACUUUGAUUAUUUGGCCAUUGCUUUGGAGACGUUGGACGCAACCGCACCAGAUUCCAUGAAACAGCUGAAAACGCUUAUCACCUAUCACGCAAACUUAUUACGUCUUUUCAAUGAAAUCAAUUCCGUUUUCAACAUCACCUUUGCGCUGGACUUAAUAAAUGCCACUUUUGCCAUAUCUUUGAUGGGCUUGGCUAUGGUUAUGAUCGAAUUCGGACGCGCUGUGAUGUUUUCAGCUGGCUUUUCCUUCUUUUUAAUACUCAGCUACGUAUUUUGUAAGAAUGGCGACGAAUUUACCGAUGUGAGCAAUAAAUUGAGCUCGGCUUUGUUCUAUAGCAAUUGGUAUGAGGGUUCUCUGGAAUAUCGUCGCAUGAUUAUCUUCUUCAUUAUGCGUACCAACAAACCAUGCGAGUAUCAGGCUUAUGGAUAUACAGCUAUCUCUAUGGUGACCUAUAUGCGGAUGUUAAAGCUAUCUUACCAGCUCUUCACAUCUUUUCGGGCCAUUGAAUAGAGCAACUCUAUGGAACAUCAUAAAAUUAGUAUCACGAAUUAAGUAGCAUCGCAACAGAAAGCAAAUUAUAGUAGAAAAAAUCGCUUCAAUGAAUAGAAGAAUACAUCAUAAGUAAAGUACAGUCAGUCAAUAAAGUUUAGGUACAGCGACUCUUUUACAAAACGGGCAAGUAUUUUUUAAAUAUUUUAUUUUUCGCAAAUUCUUUAUAAAAAUAUGGUUACUUCAAUAAAAAAGCCCCAAAAAUCAGAGCUGCAAAAUUAGAUAAAAAUCCGCA